AUGGAGGAACCAAGGCCUUCGAAGCGACUUCGCUCCAUGGCCCCUAAUCAAGCCUCAGGUGGGCCUCCUCCAGAGCCAGGCUGCUGUGUUGCGGACCCUGAAGACUCCGUGGAAGCAGAUGGGCCCGCACAGCCAGCCCAACCCGCAAAACCCAUCGCUUACGUGAAACCCUUCAGAUGGCAGCCCCCAGCUCGCCCAGAGUCACCCCGUCCUGCAGAGAGAGGCCGGCGCCGGGGAGGAAGCCGGCGGCCAGGGCGAGGCCGUGGCAGAAGGGCUGGGCCCCGCGGGGACGCUGGCCAGAGACAGGGGGCAGAAGGCGUGAUGGGACCGGACGUGCACAUCCCACUGGACCACCAUGGAGAGCCAGGCCACCAGGGGGAACCGGAAAUCACGGAGACCGCAGCCUUCUCUCUUUCUGAAACAGGUCCUCUGCCUGGAACUGUGCAGGAAGGCCCUGGCCCCGACGUGGCGCAACCUGAGCUGGGGUUUCAGGAGCCGCCCACUGCUCCUGGGCCUCAGGCUGUUGACUGGCAACCCGCGUUGACCCUCUAUCCCUGCAUCGGGUUUAGGGCUCUGGGGGACUCAGCUGUUUUACAAGUCAUUCAAACCCCCCACGGCACCUAUGUGCAAGGGGUCCCAGUGUUCCUCACCGACAUUGCAUAUUGA